AUGACGACGGAUGCUGCCGUCCUUCAGUCCUGCCUUGACCCGGCGCGCCUCGGCAGCGGUCGACAAGCGCGACAGGCCAGCGACCGCGAUCCCCGUGUCAGCGAAGCGCUGGGUGAAGCUGUCGAGAUGCUGGCGGGCGAGCACCGUCGUCGGCGCGGCGAUCGCCACCUGCUUGCCCGACAGCGCGGCGAUGGCGGCGGCCCGCAGCGCGACCUCGGUCUUGCCAUAGCCGACAUCGCCGAUCACCAGCCGGUCCAUCGGCCGUCCGGAGGCCGGGUCGCUGCGCACCGCCUCGAUCGCGGCGCGCUGGUCGGGCGUUUCCGAGAAGGGAAAGCCCGCCGCGAAGCGCUCAUAGGCGGCGGGUUCGGGGUCAAGCACCGGCGCGGUGCGGUCGCCACGCGCUUGGGCAAGCUCGGUCAGCCCGCGCGCGGUUUCGGCGAUGGCGGCAUCGAUGCCGGCACGCCGCUCCUGCCAGCUCUUGCCGUCCAGCGUGUCGAGCGUGACCGCAUCGUCCUCCGCGCCAUAGCGCCACAGGCGGUCGGCGUCAGCUACGGGCACCAGCCGCACCGCGUCGCGCGCAUAGGUCAGCUUGAUCGCGUCGCCGCCCGCGGUCGUAUCGUCCCGCGCCAGCCGUUCCAGCCCCGCGACGGUGCCGAUACCAUGAUCCUCAUGGAUUACGGUGUCGCCGACGCGAAUCUCGGCGGAUUGCAGCAGCGCGGGCUCGACAUGCGCCACGACGCCGUCGGAUCGGUCGGCACGGCUGCCGAUCAGGUCCGCAGCGGCGAUGGCGAGCAGGCGCUUCGUCCGAAAGCCGCGAUCGGCGGGCGCGGCGAGCGUCAGCAGCGGCCCCGCCGAUCGCUUGCGCACCACCGACCAGUCGGCGGCCGGGGUCGCUUCGGUCGCCAGCGCCUUUCGACCCGGCGGGUGAGGAAGCGUAGGUCGCGCUCGCUGCCGAUCAGGACCACGCGCUCGCCCGCCUCGAUCGCCGCCUUGCCCAGCUUGGCGAGGCCGCGCAUCGGUGCCGCUUGCUCGACGAAGCGGGGCGGCGGAUCGCCGGCGCGGUCGAUCGUCACGACCCGUCGCGCCGCGAUCAGCGCGCUCCACGCCGUCUCGUCGAUCACCUCGCGGGCCGCCCGGCGGGCACCGCGCCGCGCGGCAUCACCGCUCAGCAGCAAUAGGCGCCGGCGCCGGUCGUCCGCCGCGGGGGGCAAGACGAUCGUCGCGUCGGGCAGAUGA